GUUGAGAGUCUUAACUUAUUAACGUAAAGUAAUUUAUCAAUUAUUUAUCCUUUUACAAUGAAAGCCUUUGCACUUUUCGUCUGUGUCGCAAUUGCCGUAGCUAGUGCCGGUACAAUUACUGAUGAACAAAAACAAAAGGCUAAGGAACAUGCUGCCCACUGCGUAAAAGAAGUCGGUGUGCCUCCAGAAACCCCAAUGAAACUCCAAAAGGGCGACUUUAGUGCCAACGACGAAAAGACACAAUGUUUCGCCAAGUGCUUCUUGGAAAAGGCCGGUUUUAUGGAUUCGCAUGGAAACCUCAACGAUGAUGUUAUUGUUGCCAAGUUAUCUCAGGCAAAUGACGAAUCAAAGGUAAAAGCAUUGUUGGCAAAAUGCAAACAAGAAAAAGGAAAUACUGCAUGUGAAACUGCUUACAAAGUUUACCAAUGCGCUUACACAAACAAGGCACUGUAAUUCAAUAUCUCUACAUCAUUCCUCACAUGCAUUGACUACGAAUGGAUAAAAUACCUUCGAAAACGUUAUACAACUGUGUUAUACCUUGUUACUUGAUGCGUACAUUGCCACAGAUAUUCAUUAUAUUUGCAAACAAUGUACGGCAAAA